AAAUAUUCGAACAAAGGCGGCGCGUAUACUCAACGCCUAUACAUUUUCACUUCACCGUUUUCAAUAGUAAACUGUAAACCCAUAGAGAACCCACAAGUCCUCCACUCCUCGCAGACAAACUUUCCACGAGAAUCGCUCAGGCUCGUAUUGCUGUUGUAUCAGCAACCUAAAUGGGAAGCUCCAAGACUGGGGUUACCGACUCCUCCGCCACUGAAUCCGAUGGCGCCAUCACCAAGACCGAUUCUGACAUGGACAUUGACGACGCCGGCGACCGCGAUUACCCUCCUAACACCGAUUCUUGCCCCUUCUCGGAAGGAGAGAAGGUCCUGGCUUUCCAUAACCUUUGCGUUUACGAAGCCAAGGUGAGAAAAAUUGAAUACCGGGCAAAGGAGUGGAGCUUUUUUGUUCAUUAUCCUGGCUGGAGCAAAAAUUGGGAUGAAUGGGUAGGCAUGGAUCGAUUGAUGAAGUUCACGGAGGAGAAUGUGCAGAAACAAAAGACCCUCAACAAGAAGCAGCUCUUAGAGAAGAAUACAAAGCUACCACAUGCUUCACUGAUUAAACCAAAAAGUUCCAAUGUGGGAAGAGCCAAGAAGCGAAAGAAUGACUCCAUUAAGGAGAAGGACAUGAUACCCUUGGACAAGCUUGUGAGCAUCCAACUUCCACCACCACUGAAGAAGCAAUUGGUUGAUGAUUGUGAAUUUAUUACUCAUUUAGGCAAGCUUGUAAAACUUCCACGUACCCCAAAUGUUGAUGACAUUUUGAGGAAGUAUCUUGAUUACAGGUUGAAGAAGGAUGGCUUGAUAGCUGAUUCACUUGGAGAAAUUCUGAAAGGGUUACGUUGUUACUUCGACAAAGCAUUGCCAGUGAUUCUUUUGUAUAAAAGUGAGCGUCAACAGUAUGAUGAAGCAAUUUCUGAUGAUGUCUCUCCUUCUACUGUAUAUGGUGCUGAACAUCUGUUGCGCCUCUUUGUUAAGUUGCCUGAGUUUUUGUACCAUGCCAACAUUGAAGAGGAGACAUUGAUGGAGCUGCAUCAAAAAUUGGUCGACUUUCUCAAGUUCUUGCAGAAGCAUCAGAGUGCAUUUUUCCUCUCAACUUACCAUGUUCUGGAAGAUGUCGAAACGAGCACCAACAAAUAAGAUGGCUAGGUCAAGAGAUGUUCUGGCAACAAAUUUUGUACAAAAAAGAAAAGAACUGUUGUACAUAUUACCAUAGAACAACAGCUUUAGGUUGGUGUCUUGCCGGCUUUUUAAAUCUUUAUUUUCCCGGAUUUCUAAAUUUGUGAAAUCAGAUGCCUGUGCUUCAUGUUAAUUCAAUGCUGUGAUGUGAUUAUUUUCCUGUGUGUAUUGAUAGAAGGUUAAAAAAAUGAGGUUUUGUUGUAAAAGAUGAUGACUUUAGGGUUAGAAAGGUGACUUUAGUGGUCUUAAACUGGAAUUUUCUUUGCUGUCUUAUACAUAUAUUGUUGAUGCUGCUAAGCCAUCCCAUUUUAUUAUAUUAUC